AUGCCCGAGGACGCUCCCUACGACCCCUACAUCCCCAGCGGCCAGGCCGGCGCUGCUUCUCAUGGAGCCGAGUCACAGCAGGGCGGCAAUGCGCGCACCCAGGCGCUGCAAGCGCAAAUCGACGACACUGUCGGCGUCAUGAGGGAUAACAUCAACAAGGUGUCCCAACGUGGCGAGCGUCUUGAUGCGCUGCAAGACAAGACGGACAACCUGGCCGUGUCAGCCCAGGGCUUCCGCCGCGGUGCCAACCGCGUUCGCAAGCAGAUGUGGUGGAAGGAUAUGAAGAUGCGCAUGUGCCUCAUCGUCGGUGUCAUCAUUCUUCUCCUCAUCAUCAUCAUCCCUACUGUCAUUGCGACCAAAUAA